CGGGGCGGCUUUGGGGCGGGUUUGGGGCGGCACGUUGCGCGGCGUAGCGCGCUGACAUCACACUCAGGGCGCCGGCGGCCGCGGGUUCCUCCCGCUGGCGACACCCAGCGCCGGGCGCGGGGACGGGGCGGCGCAGGGUCCGCAGGGUCCCGGAGGGUCCGGAGGGUCCGGGCGUUGCGGCGGGGCCGCGGCGGGGGUAUAUGGCGGUGACUGUGUCCGCCCUGGCUGCCAGGCUCUCUCAGUCGGCCGCGGCCAGGUCGUACGGCGUGUUCUGCAAAGGGCUGACCAGAACCCUCCUCAUCUUCUUCGACCUGGCCUGGAAGCUCCGCAUUAACUUCCCGUACCUUUACAUCGUCGCCUCCAUGAUGCUCAACGUGCGGCUGCAGGUCCAUAUUGAGAUCCACUGAUUUGUCACUUGUGCUUCUUGCCCUAUUUGGAGUCAAUUGUGUUCUUCUUCAAGCUCGUUCUGCUGUGAAACAGCAAAGCUAUGCUCAUCUUCUAUAGGAAUAUGAAGAAAGAAUAUUUAAACCUGGAAAGAGUAUGUGAUGGUGGCGGAGAUCAGCACAAGGCAGCAGCUCACCUGGCACACAUACAUUCCAUACUGAACAACUCUCAAAAUCAUAGUAGCAGUUUACAAAAGGAAUCAUUUUAUUGUAACAUCAGGAAUUGUUCUCUCUUUAGGGUUAUACCUCCGCCUUACGUUGGCUCAGAAAUGCCUUUGAGUUCGAGUGAAUCAGCAGGGAGAAACUCAAAUGUAGCAGCUGUGUGGAAAGAUUCAUUGUGUCUUUGUUUUUCUUCCGGGAAAGACGGGCUGGAUGGGGUUUCUCACUGCGUUAAUAGCAUUGCAGUAAUGGGCUGGCUGGAGAAAGCUUGUAGUUUUGCUGGAGACUUCGGCUCGUGCUGCCCAGGAGACAACGCUGUAUAUUUUGCUCACAUGUGGCUGGGGAAGUUGCGGUGUAAUCAAGAACUGCAGUUCCUGGAUAUAGAAGUGAGCAGCAUCGUAGGGAAUGAAUUGCAGCUUGCACUUCCUGGAGAGCCGGAGUUGGGUGGACUUCCUGAUCCCUGUUCUGUUCCAGUUGCAUCACUGAAUGGUUUUACAAUGGGACUCUUAAACAACUGUGUUUUUCCUUAUUACUUAAACCUUGUUACUUCAGAGCAAACUCUUGGAUAUAAGAAAAUGCUUUCAGAUGUACUGUAUGUGACUGACAGUUUUCACAUCAUACAGCUAGGAAUGUCUGUGCUAGCUUUUGCACUAGCAGGUCUCUGGUAUGAAGUAGCGAAGGUAAAAGUGUACUAAAGUUUUAAUAAUGUUGAUUUUAAACGUUAAUAGGAACUUAAUUGAGAGACAGAGGGGAGGUUACGGUUCAGGUUUUAGUGAUAAGUAAGUAGCUAAUGUAAAAAUUGCAUUUGUGUAGCUGCUAGUAAAACUGGCAGUUGGGAAUAAUAGGGGCUUUUUUUUAGUACAGAAUAUCUGUCUUUGAGUGGAAAGAACUUCUUAAUCUCAGAACUUUUAACACCAGAGCAGAACUGGGUUUGACUGUUUAACACAGAUCUUUUGUUUUCUUAAAGUUUUGUAUUUGCUGAGUACUCUGGCUACUGUUUACAACCAUUUCCAAUGAAGCUACUGCUUAUAGAACUGAAUUCCCAGCGUGAAACCAACUCUAAAGUAUCAGUCCUUAAAACACUUUGAAUAGGAAAGCCAUUGGGGUGAUGGUUUUUAGGGCGCAGCUCUCUGCACUGGUCCUUUUCAAGGCUGUUACUGCUCCAAUUUGUACAGGAAUCUGUUCGCCCCAUUGGGCUACAAUAGGCACUAUAAAUAAUUUCUAACAGAAAUUCCUUGAAACAGCAAUUGUUAUCACUGAAGCAUAAGUAAUCAUUUCUGGGCCUGUUGACUUUGGCACAGACUUCUGAUAACAGGAUUUAGCGAAGAAUGGAGAAAGCAUGUUGGAAUCGAUACAGCUGCUUCUGAAUAAGAAAUUGUAACAUGUGUUCCCAUGGGCACGUCAGUGGAGAAACUCAUUGUGCAGAAGGUCAGAGAUUGAACUUUGUGCCCAAUGUUUUCAGUGCAGGGAGUUUUGUUAGAGGUAGGCUCAGUGUGCUCUGUGGACUUGCCUGAAAAGGGAGGUGCUGAUGUGGUGGGUUAGCACGUGUCUUCUGCUAACUCCUCCAUCACUCUGAGUCACAAGUAGGAAUUUAAUGGGCACAAAACUCACGCCAGUGGCUGACAGGCUAAGUGUCACUUUUGCUAUCUAACUUACUUCACUUCAGAUGUGGCAUUUGGUUUGAACUGUAUUCAUCCAAAAAGCCAGGGGUGUUUCUAAUUAUUGUUUUUAAACACACCAGCACAGAAAAGUCCUUGACUAUGAAGGUGAGAUGCUGGGUAGCAGUGUGACAGGGAGACGUGCUGGACUAACUUUACUGAAGGUCAACUACGCUAAUUGCUGUGUUGGACAGUGUGCUGUGUUUUUAUUAUCCCAAGUGGCUGAUUAUUUCUUCUGGAUGUCAGAAGAAUUAAAAAGCCAUUCGCUUGGAUUUAGAAAAUAACAUUUUCCCUUUAUUUUUAAUAUAUUCCCAUUUAACAGUUAAAUUCUGGAAUUUUGGCUCUGACUCCCAGUCUCAAAAUUACCAGAAGCUUUAAGGUGACAAUGGAUCAUGUACUGUAAGUAAAUGUAUUGACAACAAUAGUUUCCUUCUAGUCGAACAGCUCAUUCUAUUCUCUCCCAUCUCCACUACUGCAGCUUUUCACCCUUGCAGUGGUAGCUCUACAAGUGUUUAUGAAUCAAGAUUGCUUAUGUAAAUCUGGAUCUGAAACCCCAAAACAUAAGGCACAAAGACACUUUCCCCCAGGAGCCUGUAGCUUAUUUAAGUGAUGGUGUUAACACUUAUCUGUGUGCAAAUUAACCCUAAAAACAGCUGGCAGAGCUGUGGGUAAAAGGAUGAAGAUGGGGAGUGGAGCUGGAGUCUGUUAAAGCUGGCUUGGCUGCUUUACAAAAUAAGAAUUGUGUAACUGCAACUUGGUUGCUCUCAGCAGCUGUAUGGGUACAGAAACACCCUCUUCCUGCGUGGUGGGCUUUCCUGAUUGCUUCUGUAAAGCUGAACUCAGACACAGUCCACAACUGAUUGCUUGAACUUCCUAUUUAGAGAAUCCGCAGCCUGGAAGAUUCCCUUCCCUGCUGUGCAUCGUUUGGGAGCUAUGUAUUUUUGGGAACCAGAGUUACGUAGCGCAGAAGUUUCUUAGUGUUGUAAUGUUAAUAGGCAAGAGGAAUAGCUAAAAGCAUAACAUUAGGAAUCCAGUUUCUAACUUGUCUGCUGUUAAUGAUCAUUUUAAAAAAGGAAAAAGGAAAAAAAAAAUAAAGGAAAAAUGAGGGAAGCCACUGGUAUGUUAAAUGUGUGCACAGUGGAGUGCCAAGGGCUGUCUCAUCACUGAUAAGCCUAUGCAGGAGGGAAUACUGAUCCCAUGUAUCACAGUCCAGGCAAUAUAGUCCUGUUUGAAGCAGAACUUGUACUGAGUGGCCUUUAAUUCCUUGUUACCGGAUCACUUUAAACACAGAUACAAUGCAGUUAAGUGAUAUGAUGGGUUUUUGUGUAUUAUAUGUAUAUUGAACAUAAAAUUUAUAGAAUGCCUUGUGGAUUUCAUUCAGUUUUAAGAUAGGUUGUAGUACAUAUUCUUGGUUUUUAUUGCUUAAGGCCUAAAAGGUAGCUUUCUAACUCCAAACAUUCCUUCUGAAAUUGAAAUAAAAGAUACUUGUCAAGCUAAAAUCUCACAUACUAUACUGCACUUUAAGCUUGGGAAGGCCAUAAAUGGAAAGCACUAUUCUUGCACUAAUAGAACUGUUCCAGUGG